GCUGUGGGCUCGUUGCAGGCAGGCACUGUCAACAAUGAUGCUGAUGAUAACAGCUCUGAUGUGACUGGGCAUCAGUAUGACUCUGGGUGACUGGGCACAUCUACUGGACCAGCCACAGCAUCAUGAUUUACAAAAUUUCUCAUCAGUGAUGACAACAAGCUUGUGUCAUUAUUCCUCUUAACAGAUGCAGAAAUUGAAGCCUUGAGAGGGAGCAUUGCCUCUCCGGGGGCAGAAGCGUUGCGCUGCAGAGUCAGGCGGGAGCUGCCAGCGGGGCAUGGAAGAAGCCUCCUUGGCAGUCGCGAAAGGAGCUAGGGGAGCAAGCGAGUGCUGCUGCCUGUGACCUAGACGUCUGGCUGCUGCCCCUCUGCCUGAGGAGCACAUCCACACAGAGGUCUCUCCCUUCCCUCCUAUCCAGAUCUCCCUCUGCAGAGCCCGGUGGAGCCAGUCCUCACAGAAGCCAAAUCAGCGGGGAGCAUGGAGCUGCUGUCCACGCCCCACAGCAUCGAGGUCAGCAACAUCACCUGCGACUCCUUCCGCAUCUCCUGGACCAUGGAGAAUAGUGACCUGGAGAGGGUCACCCACUACUUCAUCGACCUGAACAAGAAGGAGAAUAAGAACUCCAACAAGUUCAAGCACCGGGAUGUCCCCACCAAGCUUGUUGCCAAGGCUGUGCCACUGCCUAUGACGGUGAGAGGCCACUGGUUCCUGAGUCCUCGCACUGAAUACAGUGUGGCAGUGCAGACUGCCGUGAAGCAGAGCGACGGGGAGUACCUGGUGUCUGGCUGGAGUGAGACGGUCGAGUUCUGCACUGGGGAUUAUGCCAAGGAGCACCUGGCCCAGCUACAGGAGAAGGCUGAGCAGAUUGCAGGCCGCAUGCUCCGCUUCUCUGUCUUCUACCGCAACCAUCAUAAGGAGUACUUCCAGCAUGCCAGGACCCACUGCGGGAACAUGCUGCAACCCUACCUGAAGGACAACAGCGGCAGCCACGGCUCCCCAACCAGCGGCAUGCUCCACGGUGUCUUCUUCAGCUGCAAUACGGAGUUCAACACUGGCCAGCCCCCGCAGGACUCCCCCUACGGCCGCUGGCGCUUCCAGAUCCCCGCCCAGCGCCUUUUCAACCCCAGCACCAACCUCUAUUUUGCGGACUUCUACUGUAUGUACACGGCCUACCACUACGCCAUCCUGGUGCUGGCCCCCAAGGGUUCUCUGGGGGACCGCUUCUGCCGCGACCGUCUGCCUCUCCUGGACAUUGCCUGCAACAAGUUCCUGACCUGCAGCGUGGAGGAUGGGGAGCUGGUCUUCCGCCAUGCCCAGGACCUCAUCCUGGAGAUCAUCUACACCGAGCCGGUUGACCUGUCCCUGGGCACCCUGGGGGAGAUCAGCGGGCACCAGCUGAUGAGCCUGUCCACCGCCGACGCCAAGAAAGACCCCAGCUGCAAGACCUGCAACAUCAGCGUGGGCCGCUAGGGACUCCUGGGGAGCCAGGGAGUUAGGGAGAGAUGGCAAGCAGGGUGGUGAUGGCUGGCAUAAACGCAGGGAGCUGGCUUUCUCUCCCUUGCCCCCCUGCUCCCUCCACGCCAUCCAUCUCCCUCUUCCCUUCCCUUCCCCAGGGCAUUAGAAGCAACGGAGGGUGGUCCCUUGGCAGGCAUGGCCUGCCCAUGCCUGGCCGAAUUGGGAGGGCUUCUUAGCCUCAGCAGGUUGGUGGGGAGGGCGGGUGGAUUUCUGGAGACUUCCCCUUUCCUUUGGUUUCCCUGCCCUGC